GAUGGGGAAGGAGAGACAAAAGUAGCAAAGACAAAUUAACAAUCAACGAACAUCUCUCUCUCUCUCUCUCUCGAUGGAAGCACCGACACUGUAACUGAAAACCCUAAAACGAUGUGUUUCGAUUUCUCUUUAGCUCUUACUGAUCCAGCGAUUUUCCUUUCUUUCAUGGAUUCUUGAUCUUUAUCAGGAUACAGAAGAAAGAAACGAGCGGCAAGAAUAGAGCUGUUAUAGAGAGAACCCGUUGGAUCAUAUGAAGUGCUUACUUGAUUGGACUGGUUCUCUAGCAUUUGAUUCUGAUGUACUUUAUUUGCAUGUUUUCACACCAAGCAAACUUUUUGGCCAAUUCACAGAGAAGAGCACAAAGGUUGUUAUGGCUGAAGGAGGGGAGCAAAUCGAGCUUAAAUUCCGCAUCUAUGAUGGAACAGAUAUAGGGCAUGGUACUUAUGCAUCGUCAAUUACUAUUGGAACUCUCAAGCAAAGGCUAGUUACAGAGUGGCCUCAAGAUAAAACAGUAUUACCCAAGUCAGUUAAUGAUUUGAAACUUAUACAUGCUGGUAAAAUAUUGGAGAAUAAUAGGACACUUGCUGACUCCAGAAUAACCUAUGGUGACCUUCCUGGUGGGGUUAUCACCAUGCAUGUAGUGGUGCAGCCUCCUGCAGCUAAGAAGAAGAUGGACAAAAGCACAGAGGACAUGAAAAGGCAGAAUUCCUGCUCAUGUGUCAUCCUCUGACUCGGGAAGCAUGCUUUUUGGCUAUAAAUGCAGACAGCAUUACCAAAUGCUUUUUUUUUUUUUUUUUUUUUUUUACAACAAAUGCUUUUUUUUUUUUUUUUUUUACUUAGUGAUACUAGUGCAGUUUCACAUUUUAUAUGGCAUUCAUAUGUAUGGGUUGCAUUUGUAAUUUGUAAUUGGCUUUGUUGUUUUCCCUGUUGUAAUCAUUCUCUUAAAAGCAAUAUCAGACUAUCUACGUGGAGAGCUCAUUUUCUUUA